ACUGGUCGCCCUCAUUCUCCAGAGGCUCACUAGCCAUGUCCUACUCACCGUUCUUCUUGUCUGGUUUUCAACAUGCCUCAUCGACUAGUACCUCAGCAGAAAAGCUCCCUCAAUGUCAUGGUUCCCAGUCUCCAGACGCUGACGCGAGAAGAUUGAGGGCAAAGAGGCACAGAUCAACUUCCACGUUGAACUCAUUAGCCGGUUCCAUGCCUCCGUCCAAAUCUCUUCCAGAGAUUCCUGCAACUCCUACCUCGAGUUCGUUCUUUCUGCCCGACAAGUCCAGGACUAUGGACAUCUCUUAUCCGUCCAAUGGGAACAUUUGUCGCACUAUCCCUCUCAGCACUGUCCUUCGAUCAAAUUCAACAGUCAGUAAAUCCACCGUUUCGACUCGAUAUCGUCGUAACAAACGAUCUGAUGCUCUAGAACGGCUAGAAGGACGCUCGUCUCAAUGGUAUUUCAAGGCCAGAGACUCAUGGAUGCGCUCACGUCCAUCUAGGAAACGGAGUAGCAAUAACUUCAUGAGUAUGAGCGAUGAAUCCGACUAUGACGAAAACGAUAACUCUUUUGUCGACGUCGGGCUGGACGUUCGUCUCACCUCCCCAUCGAUUUCCGCUACACCUUCCCGGACCUCUUUCUGGUUUACACAGAAAAGGACAUCGAACCUCUUCAUCACCCCGUUACAUUCCUUCAUCGACUUGGCCGAGAACGAUACGCGCGCCAAGUGGAAAGGGAAGAGUUUAGUGGAGGUCUCGCCAUCCUAGCGGGCAUACACGCCCCCAUUACCCCCAUUACCCACAUUACCCACAUUUCCCCCCCCCCUUCUGCUUUCGACCUUCUUCCGUGUACAUUUACUUUGUUUAUUUAGCAUUUUCACCCCCCAUGUCUCGAUUGGGCCCAUUUGUAUUACUAUUUGCAUCACAACUUUGUCGUCUCCUUACUUUUAGGUAAUAGCUUGCUUAUCCUUAACCUAUCCACUCUCUUGUACUAACUUGCAUGUCCAGUUCUUGCUCUGCCUACAUACAUGUACAGUGAUACCUGCAUUCCCGCUGGAGAUGGGACUUGCAUCUCUUUUCUUGUUGUUGUACUUCACCCCCAAUACCACCUGUUGUUCCGCUUUAUGAAGACCCUGUAGAUGAAGAAUGUUGGGGACAACAUUCUGUUCCAUUAACCAAGAUCCGUCGGCUACUCUCCCCGUUGACAGCGCGUAGCGAAUGUAGACAUACAAAAUGGUCAGAUAUGAUAUUUUCCUGGAAAUCCGAA